CUUGGGCGUGGUUAGAAGAGUCCGCCGUGCUGCGGCCUUAAGGGCUCAGAGAGAAACCCAAACCGAUCGGGUCCGGUUUUGAUGUGAGACGGCGGCGAAGACCGGAAGACGGCUCUAGUAGAGGUCCGACAGCGGAAACCCUACAGUGAGAACGAAAACCUGAGGAAUGGGAAAGCGCGGGAAGAAGCACCGGGAGCCGCAAGGACGUCGGGGUGGCGACGCUAGUGACGAGGAGGACAUCUUGCCCUCCUCAGCUUACGACGUCCCGCCGCCGACCAAUGAUCGAGAACACCAAGAGAGCGAAUCGGGAGAAGAAGAAGAUGAUGAUGGAGGAAGAGCGUGGGCGGCGGCUGCUCCGUCCAAAUUCCAUCUCUAUCAGCUGUCGGUCCAGUCGCCCAAGGGAGAUAUCAGCUACAUGCAAAAGUUCUUCUUGAUGUAUGUCGGUGGGCGGUUUCCGCUCCAUUUGCAAGAAGAUUUCUGCGGCACUGCCCUUCUGAGUUGUGAGUGGCUCCGCAGUGACCCAAGACGAACUGCAAUUGGUGUUGAUUUGGACCUUGAAGCACUUAACUGGUGCUUGGAGAACAAUCUAAAUAAGGUUGGAGGUGACGGGUGUUCUAGGAUCUCUCUUCUCCACGGUAAUGUGUUGUGCCCUCAGGAAGCUUGCCUUGUGAAACACCAAGUUGAAGAUCUUGUGAAAGAUCUAGCUUUAUCUGACAAAAAUGGUGCUUCAGAAGCUGUCACAACAAAUGAGAGAGAUGAUUCUGAAGUUCAAGGAUGCUUCACCUAUGCAUCCGUGAAAAUUGAUGCACUGCCAAAUAGAGACAUUGUCUGUGCAUUCAAUUACAGCUGUUGUUGCCUCCAAAAGCGCAAAGACUUAGUUUUGUACUUCAAGCAUGCUUUUAAUGCACUAUCGAAGAAGGGUGGCAUUUUUGUGAUGGAUCUAUAUGGAGGUGUGUCAUCAGAGUGCAAGUUGCAUCUUCGUAGAAGGUUCUCUAACUUUACAUAUGUAUGGGAGCAAGCAGAAUUUGAUAUCAUAAACCGCAGGACAAAAAUUAGCCUCCACUUUCAUCUUGGAAAGCAACAGAUAAUACGGCAUGCAUUUUCAUAUGACUGGCGCUUGUGGUCACUACCAGAAAUCAAGGAUUGCUUGGAGGAGGCUGGAUUCCAAUCCAUACAUGUUUGGAUCCGAAAAAUGCCAGACACCACGGACAAUCAGAACUCGGAGGAAUUUACCAUCAGCCGAGAUGUCAAGUACGAAAUGGUGGCAUCCUUCCAGCAACAAGAUGCAUGGAAUGCAUAUAUUGUUAGUGUAGCAAACGUUUAAAUGAUGUUUCACUAUGCUUCAUGUUUCAUCAGGACAAGGUCCUAUGCAUGAUAGCAUUCGCUCUGAUGGUUUUGUUCGAGAGUGAUCAAUUAAAUACACCAGAAGGUUUCCUAUUACUUCCUAUAGACAUGAUCAAAUGGUUUAGGAAGGUAUUAGAUAAACUUCCAGUACUCGGUCAAGCCUAGGAAUCCUAAAACCACUUUAGAAUGUGAGAAUGAGUCAUCUGGUUUCACUCGGGUUGGGAUUAUAAGCUUCCUCAUCAAAACUCUCCUGAUAAUGAGCACUGGAUUGGUGUUGCAAUCAAGUUUUCCAAUGACA